AUGGCUAGUACUCGUGAUUCCCAUUCGUAUGCUUGUGAUGAGUGUCGGUUGCGCAAGUCCAAGUGUUCCAAGGAGAAGCCUGUAUGCGCACAAUGCAAGCAGUUGAACAAGGAGUGCAAAUAUAGCCCCAAAAUAACAAGGAGUCCUCUUACCCGACAACAUCUAACCUACGUAGAAGACCGUUUGCAAGCCUUCGAAACAGCUCUAGGGAGACUGUUCCCUGGAGGUGAUCUUGAUGCAACAGUUCGUUCUCUGUUGCAUGACCAGGAUGGGCCGCCAAAACCUGGGUCUUCUUCCAAGUCUUCAUCUAGACAUUCCACUCCCGCUAAGGCUGAAGCGGAUCGAUCUGAGGCAGCCCCCGAAGCUCUACCACAAAAAGCAGAUGGAUUUGAUUGGGCUGAAAAUAAAAUUACGGUCGGAGAUUUGACGGAUGGCAUGGCAUCCUUGUCUAUCAAGCCAGAAGGAACAGGAUAUUUUGGUGCAUCUUCUAGUGUUGUUCCUCUUCGUGCUUUGCUGAAGCACGGAUUCGAUCUGAAUUUUCCUGCUCGGUCAGCAAAGUCUAAUACAGGUCCGGAAGGGGUGCCUUUGAAAUCCCAGCUUCUGAACACCGCACCUUCAGGAAUUGUUGAGCAGGCUUUUGUAGAUGCAUUUUUUCUUAAUUAUCAUACGAGUUAUCCUUUUGUCCAUGAGGCUACCUUUAGAGCGCAGUUCUACGAGCAGACUCCUCGCCGUCAUGGUCAGGCGUGGCAAAUUCUUUUGAAUACUAUUUUAGCUUUAGGGGCGUGGAGCAUUGGAGACGACAACUCGGACCUGGACAUCACCUUUUAUCAGGAAGCUAGGGGUCAUCUACAACAAGUAUCAGUGUUCGAAACUGGAAACCUCACCCUUGUUCAAGCGUUGCUUCUUUUAAGCAACUAUGCACAAAAGAGAAAUAAGCCAAACACUGGCUGGAAUUUCUUAGGGUUGGCAGUUAGAAUGGCUAUGAGUCUUGGUCUCCACAAGGAAUUUCAUGGAUGGAAUAUCAGCCUUCUUCAGCGAGAGAUUAGAAGAAGGUUAUGGUGGGGUGUCUUCAUAUUUGAUAGCGGCGCUGCAAAGACCUUUGGUCGUCCUAUCCUUUUACCUGAGGAUAGAGUCAUGGAUGCAAAGCAUGUCCUGAACAUUCACGAUGAGGCCCUCAUAUCAACGACGACAGUUUUGCCGCAAGAAGUCAACGGACCGACUUUGUAUUCGGGUCUAAUUGCCCAAGCUAGGUUCCAUUUGCUCACAAAUAGCGUGUACCUGCGUCUUAUUUCCAGCCCAAGCCUCACUGCGGAGGAAACGUUGAAUCUCCAAAAACCAAUGGAAGAAUGGUAUAAUGGUCUUCCGCACUAUUUCAAACAGCCACCUGCCUUAUCGGAAUCAGACCCCUUUGCUUUAGUCCGAAAUCGACUCAUGUGGAGAGAUUGGAAUUUGAGAAUUCUUUUGUAUCGGCCAAUCCUCCUUCGUUGGGCCUCGAGAAGAUGGACUCCAAACACGCCGGAACAUGCAGAAGACCCGCUAGAGGCGGAUUGCAGAAUGCUUUGUCUUCGAAACGCUCGUUUGACCAUCUCUUCUAUUACUGACUUUGUGAGUAACUAUAUCUGUACGCGGAUAGGUGCAUGGUAUAUGCUAUAUUUUCUCUUCCAGGCUGGAAUUAUACCUAUUAUCUUGCUCAUGACGGACCCAACGAGUACAGAUGCUCCGUCCUGGCUUCAAGAUAUUGAAGCCACAAAAAACCUUUUAAUGAAUCCGUCUCUGAGCAGCCAUCGGCUAGCUACCAGGUAUUUGGAGGUAGUAAAUCGGCUUUGUUCACCAGCAUAUACAGCGUCAGUUGCCGAUGGGUCGACGGGACAGCCACCUAUUUUCAUGCAAAUUUCCGAUCAAAUGUUCAAUGAUCCUACUUUUGGUAGCAUGUUCCCGGAUGUUGACCAAGAACUGAAUCUAGGUGGCAUGGAUUUCUCUGAAUGGGUCAAUUUCACUCCACAGGGAGAUUUUCCCUGA